AUGAUUUUCUGCAGCUUGCCACAUAUAGAUAGUUUUAUUGCCAUUACGGGUCUUAUGUUAUGUCUUCUUAUAUGUUGGAUCUCUGUAUGGUUCCGAAAUUAUCUUGAUGAGACACCUUGCUUGUUGUAUUUUUCUUGUCUUCAUGACAGACAUUUUCCUUACAUUACUUCUAAUUCAUUGACUUACUUAUUUAUUUUGCAGUACUCUGUGGGCUGUGACAUCGCUCAUUACUUGUUGGCGAGGCAUGAUGAUACACCUGUGAUUGACAAGGAAACUCACAGGCUUGCUGCUGUGAAUAUGGACUGGGAUCAUAUUAAGGCGGUGGACUUGUAUAUGGUCAUGACAUCCUGUAUCCCGAAAGGUGGGCGAGUUGUAUCAGUUUCGAUAUAUCCAACAGAAUUUGGACUGAAGUGCAUGAACAUUGAGGCAACUCAAGGCCCUUCUGCUCUUAUUGGCGCUGAUGGUGAUGGUGAUGGGGAUGAGGAUGGGGAAGAUGAUAACAACGAUGAUAACGAUGACGAUGAUGAUGGCGAAGAAGAUAGUGACCUUGACUAUGAGACUGAGAACAACAAGCUCCGUACUUAUGAGCUAAACAAACUCAGGUACUACUAUGCAGUUGUGGUGUGUGAUUCUAGUACAACUGCAGAUCACCUAUACACAACUCUUGAUGGUACUGAAUUCUUGAAAACGGCAAAUGUGUUCCACGGACAAGGGUAUUUUCAACGCUGA